ACCUAAUUAGUUUGUUUUCUUAGCAUACCAGCUGGAAUUUACUGCACGGUUGCACUUCUGGGUUUUUCAUCGACAAGUUGUGAGGCUGCACUGGUGAACUGAGUUUCUACUUGUUGGAGGUCUUUGGACACCCAUAAAUACACAAGCCGAUCUUAUUUCUCUGUAACUGUUCACCUCAAUCUGCACAUCUCAUGCAGACCACGCUCCAUCUGGACAGGACUGACCAAUGAGUGAAGGGAGGAGAAUCCACUAUGGCAAUCUCCCAAUUUCGUCUUUUCAAAAUCUGCACAUGCCUUGCCACGGUGCUCUCUUUCUUUAAGAGAUUAAUAUGUAGGUCAGGAAGACUAAGAAAAUUAAGUGGAGAUCGGAUAACCCUUCCUACAACAGUAGAUUAUUCAUCUGUUCCUAAACAGCAGUCUGAGGUAGAGGACUGGAGUUCCUGGGAUGAAGAUGCUCCCACUAGUAUUAAAAUUGAAGGUGGCAACGGUACUGUUGUUCCUCCACAAAACAGCGACCCUGAAGAACCCGACUAUUUUAAAGAUAUGGCUCCAACAAUAAGGAAAGCACAGAAGAUUGUCUUAAAGAAAAGGGAGCCAUUAAAUUUCAGCAUGCCUGAAAGCAGCACUGGAUUUUCUAGCCGACUAGCAGCUACACAAGAUUCUCCUUUCAUCCAGCCAUCUGGUGAGCUGGGGGAUUUAGACACUUGGCAAGAAGAUACAAAUGCCUGGGAAGAUGAAUCUGAUGUGACUUGGGAAGCAGAAGAAGUAUUAAGGCAGCAGAAGAUGGUAGAAAGAGAGAAAAGAGCUUUGGACCAGCAGCGCAAAAAAAUGGAGAAAGAAGCCCAAAGGUUAACAAAAAAAGAGCAGAAAAUUGCCGUUAAGCUCUCCUAACUUUGAAAUAUCAAGAGACAUUCUCGUAGUAGAGUGUGCGUUUCCACCAUCUGAGCAGUAUCAUUUAGAGUUUUUUUGUUUUUUUUUUUUGAAUGGGAAGGGAAAUAUAUAUAUAUAUUUUAAAUGGCUGCUACUUAUCAUUUAUUCUCUAAAGUCCAGUUUAGCGGCCAAUAUUGACUAACUAAUAAUAUCAGGUUUUGUAAAUAUACUUUAAUAUUGUGUCAUGCGAUACUUUAAACAUGGCAGGUGACGGAAACAAUGAACUUUUGUGGAACAUGUUUGGUUUUUUUUUUGGUUUUUUUUUUUAAAAGCAUUUUGCUGGAGACGGCCUAAAAAUGCAGUUAUUUAUUUGACCACGUCUAAAGCCUUGGAGAUCCAAUCACUGAACCAUGCAUUUGGGCAGACUGUCAUAACUGCUUGAUGAUAUUUAUGAUAAAUUGUGUGUCUCUUAACCUGUUUCUGUUGUGUUUCUGAAUGUACAUUUGAACUUGUUAUUGAGAUAAUCGACAAUGGAAUUCUUUGAUUUGGAUACACGUUUCCGAGCACCCAAAGCUGUAAGUUUCAUAUUUUAUCAAGUUAAACGCCUGUUUCUAGAGUGUGCUAUGUGCAGUUUUCAAACGUCUUUCAAAAAGUGAAUAGUUAAGAAAAGGAUUUUGUCCAAGGGAUUUGGUCACAAAGAUGUUUGCUUAUAGGACAGUGGCAAACAUAAUGAUGUCGACUGUUAUCUCAAUCAGGGUAUACCAAAAAUGAUCCUUAGCUGUUCUUGUUCUAUAAUAUACACCUUUAUAUGCUGGGGCACACUGGUGUCCUUGUUACAGUACUGGUAUGUACCGUGAGCUCAUCUUCGAACACCCACUAACAACACAAGCAGCCAUUUCACCCCGAGUGUGUGUGUCCUUUUGUCAUGUUUAACUACUUUUUAGGUACACUAAUUGCUUUCAGGUCAACAUGAGUUGUUCCUAUUUGUAAACGACUCAAACAAAAACGUUAAUCAGAAAAGACAAUAAAUGAUUAAGAAGUCUAAAUCUCACAGUAUGUGAUAGUGUAAUACUUUUGAAUAGUUUCUACUAAUUUCUUCAUUUUAAUCGCAAGUCAUUAAUUCACUUGUAGCAGUUCAAUCUUCUAUACAGAGGACAAGAAUCUGAGCUGUCCCUGACAGUAAUGUGAGCAUCUGCACUCUCGGAAUUUAAUACAAUUGUUUUUGUUUUGUAUACAAACUGUUGCCAAAAGAAGUAAGUACCUUUUCAUUAAUUAAUUUUCUUAAUGUAGUACUAUUGAGAGAAGCAAAAGCAAUAUUCUUAAGGAAAUUGACAGGUUUUUACACUGUAAUUCAUUUUUAUUAUUAUUAAUCAGUGAAAUUUGCCUUACAGAUGAAGAAGUCGUCCUUUUUAAGUUACUUCCUUUGUUUUAGAGUUUAGCUGCAUAGCAAGCAUGGCUGUUCUUUUGAUAGAUUUUAAUUUUUGUACUUGAUUUUCAUUUUAUGAUCAGAUUUGUUUGCUGCUCAAAGCGAGUAACUUCAGUAAAUGACAACUCUGGGGGACCAUCACUCAGACCAAUUUUGGGCUGCAGCAAUGCAAGAAUGAUUAUGUGUGAGAUUGCACCAUGAACUAUACCAUGAAUGAUAAAUUAAAGCAAAAUGAGUUGUUCCACUUUCAAGGUUUUCAAUUGUGCAAAUUGAAUGUGUUCUCACUUCUGUCUGAUUCAUUCAUUCAAAUAAAGAAACUCUACAGAAUCAUGAAAUAAAUUAUUCUUUCAAGCUGUGUUAAA